CACUCCAAUUUAAAUAGUUUUUUUUUUUUUCUUCCUCAGACGCGGAGUGAUACUGAAUUGUGCAAAGGAAUUAAACGUCAUAGCCGUGGUAUAUGGUUAAUCAGAUUGCUUUAUUUGAGCUACCCGUUUUAUAAUUUAUUGUAACUCUUAAUGCUCAUGGCAGAUAGGAUACGACGAUACCAUGAUUUGUCUUGCUCAUUUUGGGCAAGCAAUGACAACAAACGUUGACCGUAGCCUGAGUUCAUUUCUUUGUAUCAUACAUUCGAUGAAAUUGUAAUACACGAGGAACGUCUGGGCUAAGUUGUCCAAUGUUGACGUAAGUUAGCCUACACAAAUUAGCAUAAUUUAGCUAACGUAUUUGGAAGUAGCGUUAAAUAACGAGUAAUGAAGCUGUGAACUUGUGUUUGCUCAACAAGCAAACCCGCAUUUAUCAAACGUUUAAUGAUAAGAUGAUUAAGUAAAGUUACCUGUUGACUGAUGUGUGUGGCAUUAUACGGCACGACGCCUGAGACGAACAGCCAGAAGCAGGCUCACGCUGCCAUUAUUAGACUGUCCUCUCGCCCGUUUUGUUGGUUGCUGGUAAUAUAUUUUCCUAAAAAAAAAUUUCUCUCUACAUUUUACGAUUUUAUUCUCGCAAUAUUAUGAUAUUUCUCGUAAAAUUACGACUUUAUUCUCGUAAUAUUACGUAUUUUGUUCUUGAAAUAUUAUGACCAGGGUUGCCAACUUUUGUCAGCUGGCUGGAGUGAGCAGACCGACAUUGCAAUCGCAGACUGUGGGGGGUUCAUCAAUGUGGCCCUUAAUACUCCGUCGUACUUUUGGCAAAGAGAUUCAAAUUGCUUUUGGUACCAGGUAUUUUGUUUUAAACUGCAAAUACCCCCGUCAAUGUGGCUGGUCGUCAUAGCGACGCCGCCGAAACUGCCGUGACGUCACCUGCAACGCGACACACACAGGAACAAUGGAGGAUAUUGAAGGGAUGGUGUUCUUGAUUCUCGGUAUGUGGCUGUUUGUCACAACGAGGAGACACAUUUUGUUUCAGAAGAGGCUGAAGGCAGUAAGACAAAAGACUGCUGAAAAAAACAGGAGAGUUUGGGAAAUCUUACAUCAGAGUUUAGACGACGAGACGACUCUGGUUUCUCAAAGGCGACGCAAGAUGAUCUUUCACUAUUUGCAAAGUCGCCGCCGCAGACCGUCUGUUUGGGCGUUCAACCGAGCUACCGAGUGGUGGGAUGUGAUUGUUCCCGGCUUCACUAACACUCAGUGGCUGCAGAACUUCAGAAUGUCCGAGGAAACAUUUAUCUACCUGUGCAACAAACUGCGUCCAGUGAUGGAGAGACAGGACACAAACUUCCGCGGGUGUGUACCUCUAAAGAAGAGAGUGGCCAUCGCACUGUGGAAGCUUGCGACCGGCUCCGAGUACAGAAGCGUUGGCCAUCUUUUCGGAGUAAGCAUAACAACUGUGUGCCGGUGUGUGCAAGAGUUCAGUGCUGCUGCAGAGACGUUGUUGGUACCGGAACAAAUUCGUUUCCCAGACCAGGAGAAGUUUGAAGAAAUGGCUGCCUACACUGAGAACAUGUGGGGGCUCCCACAGUGUAUUGGUGCUAUUGAUGGAUCACACAUACCCAUCUUGGCACCACAGGAGUACCACUGUGACUAUUUAAACCGUAAUGGGUGGCACUCCAUCAUCCUUCAAGGUGUUGUAGAUGGAAAGGGACUUUUCUGGAAUGUGUUUGCAGGACUGCCUGGGAGCUUGGAUGAUGCUCAGGUUCUGAGACUGUCCACAUUGUGGGAUUUGGCCAGCCGUGGCAACCACUUUCCAGCUUACACCAGGAACAUUGGUGGGGUGAAUGUUGGUUACUACAUCCUAGGAGACUCUGCCUAUCCCUUGCAGAACUGGCUCUUAACACCAUUCCCUGACACUGGACAGCUGACAGCAGAACAGCAGAUCUACAAUAAGAAAAUCUGCAGAGCACGAGUAGUGGUUGAAAAUGCUUUUGGUAGACUGAAGGGAAGGUGGCGUUGCCUCAUGAAAAGGAAUGACUGUGAUGUCAAACUGGUGAAAUCUAUGGUGCUGACUUGCUGUGCUCUGCAUAACCUUUGCGAGAGUCAGGGAGAGGCCUAUGACAAUGAGUGGGAUGCACCUGCAGCAGCAGCAGCAGCAGCAGAGCCUGUGGUGGCACUGUCAGAGGGUGUAGAGGAGGAGGGCAGGGAUGUACGAGAGGGUCUGAUGCACUACUUGAAUAGCUAAAUAUUAAUUUUGUCUUUCCUGUCAUGUGUAUUUAACAUGUUGUAAAUUGUAUUGAACAUAAAUCUUUUGUACUAUCUUUCCACAUAUAAAUGUACCCCCAUGUUUUUGUCAAACUGGUUUUUUUUAAAGGUUAUCAGGAUUUACUAUUUGUUAAAUUAAAUGCUAAAGCCCUUGAAAUAGGAAACCAUCAUGAAAAUGCAUGUGUAACAAGUAACAAAACAGUUUAUUUAACAAACAAUGCAAAUAAAAAAGCAAACUAUAUACAUUAAUAGAACAAUGUAAAUUUUCAAAUGCAAACAAAUCAGAGCAACAUGGCAAACUAUGUACAUGAGUUAAAUGUUAUAUGUAAUGCAAAUACAAAUGAGUGCAAAGUACAAACUAUAUACAUAAGGCAUGAGGGCUCUAGUCCAGGGGUGGAGGAACCGGGUCUAGUCCAGGGGCGGAGGAACCGGGUCUAGUCCAGGGGCGGAGGAACCCGGUCUAGUCCAGGGGCGGAGGAACCGGGUCACGCCGGCUACUCGACGCCUGCACAAGCUGGCUCAGCGUAGCGAGGAAGGCCUGAUUAAAGGCUGCGGCUUCAGCAUUCUCCUCCCUCCUCAAGGCCGCUUCCAGCUCCCUCGCUUGUACCGCAUCAUCGAGGGCCAUCUGGAGAUGCCGCUCACGCUGUGCCCGGGUCAGCUCCUGCUGCUCCACAUCUGCUGCCUGCAUCUCCUUCAGGACAGUCACAUGCUCCUGUUUCCCGUUGCCUGGACAAUAACGAAGAAAAAACAGUGGUGGUUAACCAAAGCACGUUUAUCAAUUAUUUUUUAGUAAAUACCUAAAUUUGGAGCUUGAGACAAUUCACUUUUCAAUCAAAGCAUUGUUAUGCAAGUAUAUUAUGUUCCAAUUACUACCGGUUCUUAAUUUUAGUGCAGAAAAUAGAUUCAGACUACAGGCUAGAAGAGUUAAAGCUUUUUCUCCUGUUAUAUUAACUGCAUUGGAGUUUGGUCUGAGAACAACCAAUGUACCACUGAGAAAUGAUGAUGUAUGAUGUUAUAUCAAUAUCAAUACAGACAACUCUAAGUAUAAGUACAUAAUCGUAUUAUAUAAUAUUCUGGUGCACACUGUUAAAUAUGACGGUAUCAUUUUACUCUUA